AUGGUUGAAUACUAUUUCACCGAGGAGAACGUCAAAGACCACCAGAAGAAAACUACAACAUACAAGCUCGGGAUUAAACCUGAGGCUAAGAGAGAUUUAAUAUAUGAUGAUAAGGGUUUAUGGGUUGAUACAAGUCCUAUUCAUGUUGAGCUUGAUGAUGAUACAGCCCUAGGUGAUGGUAAAUCUAGACAAAUAGUCCAAGCCUUAAUGGAUAAUAUAAAUGACUUAAUGGAUCAGAUAAAUAAAUUGAAUAGAAAACUAUUGGAUAUAAAAGAAGAAAGAGAGAUGACAAAGCAGGAAGAAGGAAGAGAAAUCACUAAUAAAGGAAGCAGGAUGACAAAGGUUGAAAAAGAAAGAGACAUUCCAAUGCAGGAAUUCUAA